AUGCCGGAGAAGCUGAGUGAUGACACCGCCCAUUACGCGGAGGAGACGGGUGGCCCGACCGAGAAUGCAGAGUACAAUCUGGCCCAUCAACACGAUCAGCUUGCGCGUGGCUUGAAGAGUCGCCAUAUUCAAUUCCUCGCCCUGGGUGGUGCGAUCGGCACUGGUCUCUUCAUCGGCUCCGGUGGCAUCUUGUCUUCCACUGGUCCCGCUCCGCUCUUCAUGGCUUACCUCUCCAUGAUGAUGGUUGUAUGGGUCGUCAUGAACUGCCUGGCUGAAAUGGUCACUUAUCUGCCCAUGCGAGGUAUCACGGUUCCGUACUUUGUUGACCGGUUUCUCGAUCCCAGCCUAGGCUUUGCUGCCGGUUGGAACUAUUGGUAUGCCUACGCCAUAUUGAUUGGCGCCGAAGCCACUGCUGCCGGAAUCAUCAUCGAUUAUUGGGGUGCCAACGUCAGCAUCGCAGUCUGGAUCACCAUCGUCCUGGUGGUCAUCUUGAUUCUCAACAUUAUUGCCGUCAGCUUCUUUGGUGAAGCCGAAUUCUGGUUUGCCAGCAUCAAGCUGAUCACAAUCAUGGGUCUCAUCAUCCUGGGCAUCGUCAUAUUUUUCGGCGGCGGUCCCAACCAGCAUGGCAUACUUGGAUUUCACAACUGGCGGGACCCGGGUGCCUUUGUCGCGUACAAAACGGCUGGCCCCACGGGUCGCUUCCUCGGCUUCUGGCAUGCCUUGGUUUCUGCCGGGUUUGCAUUCAUCACGUCCCCGGAGUUGAUUGCUAUUGCUGCAGGUGAAACCAUUGCCCCUCGCCGAAACAUUCCCAAGGCCGCUCGCCGAUUUAUCUGGCGGCUGGCCAUAUUCUAUGGCCUCGGCUCGCUCAUCAUUGGCAUCAUCGUACCAUCCGACGACAAGGCACUGCUCGGAGCAAACAAGGCUGGAAAGUCCGACGCGAGCGCCUCGCCAUUCGUGAUUGGCAUCCAGAACGUGGGCAUCCCGGCCUUGAACCACAUCAUCAAUGCUGCCGUCCUGACCUCGGCAUGGUCGGCUGGGAAUUCCUUUCUUUACUCUGGCAGUCGAAUUCUCUACUCCAUGGCCCUCAAUGGCCAAGCUCCCAAGGUAUUCCGCACCACCAACCGCAACGGCGUGCCGUACCUCGCCGUUCUAGCGACUUGGGCUGUCGGCCUCCUCGCCUACCUCAACGUGUCCAACUCUGGCUCCAACGUCUUUGCCUGGUUCUCCAACAUCUCCACCAUUUCCGGGUUUAUCGCAUGGAUUGUGGUCAUGAUAACCUACCUCCGCUUUCGACGCGCCAUGAUUUUCAACAACCUCUUCGACUCAUUACCCUAUCGGACGCCGCUGCAGCCAUACGCCACGUGGCUCACGCUGCUGCUCAUAAGCCUUCUCACCAUUACCAACGGAUUCCAAACAUUUAUGCCAUUUGACGCAAAGAAUUUUGUUGCGGCCUAUAUCACCAUACCCAUCUUCUUGCUCUUGUACCUGGGCCACAAGCUGUACUUCCGCACCGCGCUCUAUAUUCCCGUCGACAAGAUUGACGCCAUUUCGGGUAAGAAGGAGAUGGAUGAGCUGGAAGCCAUGGACGAGCCUCCCGUGGCCAAGAACUGGUGGCAGAAAGUGUGGUACUGGAUAGCAUAG